GCGCGGCCGGGUUCCACGAGGCUGUUGCUGCCGCUGCUUCUGCAGGGUGAGAGGGGGUCCCCUCGAUCCCGGCUCCCCCAGCGUCUCCCGACCCUUCCACUCCAACGGGACUCUCCCCGGGGCCGUGUGUGCUCCACGCGCGGAGUUCCAGCCGAGUCAGCAUGUCGGGCCUCCCCUCCGAGACGUGGCAGCCUUCCACCAUCACGCUGGAAACAACGAUGGGCACCGUGGUGUUGGAGCUCUACUGGAUGCACGCUCCUCGCACGUGCCGCAACUUUGCUGAGUUGGCGCGGCGCGGCUACUACAAUGGCACUCGCUUUCACCGGAUCAUCCGCGGAUUUAUGAUCCAGGGCGGAGACCCUACGGGGACAGGCCGAGGAGGAGCUUCCAUCUAUGGAAAACACUUCGAAGAUGAGAUCCACCCAGACCUGAAGCACACAGGUGCAGGCAUCAUCUCGAUGGCGAACUCGGGGCCCAACACCAACGGCAGCCAGUUCUUCAUCACGCUGGGGCCCACGCAGUGGCUCGACGGCAAGCACUCCAUCUUCGCCCGCGUGGCGCGCGGCAUGAGCACGGUCAACCGCAUCGGGCUCGUCGAGACGGUGGCUCAGGACCGGCCCGUCGAGGAGAUCAGCAUCAUACGCGCCACCUGCUCGGACUGACGCGUCACACACACACAAACACACACACGCACUCUCGCACCUCGGACAUACGCGGAGGCGAACACAGUCCCGCACAGGCGAACACAGUCCCGCACAGGCGAACACAGUCCCGCACAGGCGAACACAGUCCCGCACAGACACGCGCACGGUCACACGGGGAUAUGCAAGAAUAAUGGCCGCCGUUCGCCACGGAGUGGCAGUCACAUCACCACGGCACUUGCGCCAGGAUCGAUGCGAUUGGAGGCCGCGUCACGCGUCCUAGUGGCAGGUUGUCACGAGACAGACCCAGGUGGUAUUACGGGUUAACCGCGAUGACUGGCAGAUGCAGCACCCGUGCUCUCAAUUUGUAUUUGGGUGCAUUUCCUCCCAUCAUCCAUGUGUAAUGUAACUUGGGGUUUUGAACCCUUGUCAAAUGCAUGUUAAACGAAGCCACCUCUUGUACUAUGUUGUCGUUGGCUACACCACCUCCACACAGUUAAACCAAAACCGCCUUGUGUUCGUCUUCCCUCGGUGACAGCUCCUCCGUGCAGUAGACAUUGCUCAUCUUCUCAACGUCUGUGGCGCUGACAUCUGGGCUCCGCUCCCCUGCCCUCCUCAUGCCCCCAACACUAUUAUGUCAUUUAGCCCCCCCCCCUACUUUUGGAGUUAUCACAGACGCACCAUUCGACAUGGAUGUACAUGCGUGGCUGGCUGGAGGUGUUCACCUGCUGUCUCUUAAGAGGCCCUGUGCGUGCUGUAAGGUGUUAACUAUUUUCUUACCAUAAAACAUUUUUUUAAAACUUGUAAUCCGUUUUUUUGCACAAACGUGAAUUUCGAAACUGAAUUUCUGUUUUCGGCCGAAACCGAAAGUAAACCGAAAGUAAACUUUUUGGCUUCGGCCGAAACAGAAACUCUGCCGAAAGGGGCCAUUUGCCAACUUUCGGCACCGAAACCGAAUUUCGGUCGGCCUCUACUCGAGAUGAUACAACCUUUGUGUUGGUGUCUCGGGAAACAUUGAUGCCCACACAACAGUUGGUAAGACCCAUGGAAAAAAUUAUUGAUAUACACUUUGUAUAGGAGUACUGCGUUGUCCCUACCUUAAAGAAAAGCUAAUUGCUUGUCUAGAAACUCAUCAUACCCGUAAUUUUAUACUGGUGAAAUCUGUCUCUCGGACAGCCGAUUCAAGUCGCCGCCAUCUCUCACGAUCCUGGAAUCAACUUUGGAGAGAUAUAAUUGAAAAUAUCGAUAGAUUGUGUAUCGGUACAAAUGUAUCGAUUGCAUCGUCAAUUAUUUGUUUUCGAUUUUCCCACCUUGGCCCCGUGCUUCCGUGGAGCAGGCAGCCAACGCAAGGGACGCGUCCGGUAGGAUAUCCAAGGUUGAGAUGGAGCUAUGCAAUGAGCCCGUGUGCAGGAGCGAGAUUGAUAAUUAUGAAGCACCGUGGGAUAUGGCUUAGGGGAAGGCCGUCAUUGUGGCCUCCGUUAAAUACACCACCCCUCUGGCUGUGGCCAAUCACAAAAGACCACUAAUUCCUAAAGCAUUGCACAACCCCCCCGCCACUCCGGGCGGAAACCUCUCAAUUCAUAGUCCAUAGGCCAGAUACAAAUUUGGUAGCAUAUCUUUAGAAGCACCGAUGCGCUGAUAUGGCUGAGAGUGAUUUAUGUUGAUAACCCCACUCAAUUCAAAUGGUUAGUACAUGACUCGCGGUGAUUGGCCACCCCAAUACAUUGGAACCGAUAAUCUGUGCCACCUGCAGGUGGUAUCGGCGAGUGAAAUAUCUGGCUUAGGUUCGUAGACUGUCAUCUCGGGAGAGCACGCAUCUCAAACAGUGGGAAGCGUGACCGCUGAUUUAUUAGAUAACAUUUAUUCCACCAAAGGCUGGCUUUGAACCCAUGUUGCUACCCCCCACGAUAGUCGAGAUCCAGAGGUCGACAACCAAAGUAACAAGAAACAUUUUUGUUUUAUUCGGUAAAACAAACUCAAAAUUUCGAGAGCCGUAAUGCACACGUGGUGAGCACGAGACGGUGGGUCCUCAAUAAAUAACGGCACGAAGCAGCAGUCCUUCAAGAGCUUCGUGGGGCUCUCGAGCUGCAGGUUUCCGAUUUUUGGUCGAGACCAUCCACUCCUGCACGCCAUGGAUUGCGCACGCUGGACAUCCUCAUUUCACACCGUGACACUGGCUCUCAUCCCGUAGGCAGCAUGCUGCGGCAUGGAUACCGUGCAGGAUUUUUUUUUAAAAUGUGCGUGGGGAACGUCAGCAACGUGGUAACAAAACACACACCAUGAUACAAAUUCCUAAAAAUCACAUUAGUUUCAGGUAAACAUGAGUUUCAGGUAUUUUUUUACGUGCGUGGAACUGAAACUCGUGUCUAACACCUGCCAGAGAAUGACUUGACAGCAUGAGAGAUUGGUACCAGGAAGGUGUGCCUUACUUGAGCAUAUUGACACAAGACAGAAAAGUGGAGAGAAAUUACGAAAUGUGCAGUGGACAUCCUACGGUUAGCAUGGCUGGCUAUGUUCCGGUGCGAAAGAAAUUCAACGUACAUCACCAUCACGAUCCAUGGGGCAGAUAACCCGUAGGUGUCCGCUUCACAUUUCAUGCAUACAUAAGGGCUCUCUGCCAAUGGAUCGUGAUGACAAUGAGGAGCAGAAAACACACUCAUACACAAUGUGAAACACCGCGUUAACGAGAGGCGUGGACGUGUGAUCAAUCGAUGUAUUGUGGCCUUAGUAACCUGGGGCGGGGGGCAGUGGAUUAUCCUUUCGGGGGCUCCAUACCAACACGGCUGGGAACUGCUGUUGUAGUCAGUCGCAUGUUCAUGCCGCGUUGACGUUUGCAUUGCCCCACAUGACCACGAGAGGGCGACAACGAGCUGGGAAGCAGACUUCCAAACCACGGUUGAACCCCCCCCCCACUCACCUUUGGAUGAGGUCAGGCCCCCCUUGAGAGCCCUCCUCAUUGUAAUGGCUGGAGUCUGGGGAACUGCGGUUACACGAGGUUUUAAUUGCAGGAUUUCUCUGUGACAAGGACGCAGGGAUUGUUAAUGUUACCGGGCCUUAAUGUGUCCUCUGUGAGACAAGACAUGGAAAUUGGGCCAAAACGGAAAAUAGCACGGAACACGAUGUGGUGGAGGGGUGAUCCUAUUGGGGGUGGAGCAAGCUCGGCCACUAUAUAUUAUUGAACUUCUUUCGCACCAUACAUAGCCAACCGUGCUAAUCGGAGGUGCAGGCAUAAUAUUUAUUUGGAGUUUGCACGUUCUCCCCGUCGGCAUGUGGAUUUUUUCUCCUGGUCCUCCGGUUUUCCCCUCCACAUUUAGAAACACGCGUUUAGAGUAUGACGCUGCAAUACAUUUCCACGCGAUAAGUCACUUUGUUGAGCUAUCAUUUGUGACCAGGUCGCUUCUGAAAAAGAAGAUCUAUAUGGCUCACAUCUAACCACCGCGUUUUGUGACCUGGUUUGAUUGUGCCCUGGUCGUUGUGUUUGGGGUCGAUGUGUGAUCCAGUGAGUCCUGGGGUAAAUGGUCGUCGCUCAAAUACAGUAAACCGAUUCCGUGUCACCAAGACAAUUGUUGCCCAUUAAAAAUAAAGGUUGGAGCCAGUGGCGGAUCGCGACAUCUCAACUAGGCGGGGCUGUUGUGAGUGACCUCUGAACUGACGGUGUUCUAAUUAAGAAAAAGCUCGUCGUGUUUAUUGGCAUUCUCGUGAAAGUGAUAUCACUGUUUUAUCUAACAACGGUAGUCAUUUAUAAAACAAUACGACUACAAAACAACAAAUCACUCAAAUGCUGUCCCCAUGACCCUAAAGUCCACACUACACAACCCCUUUGACACUGACGAAAGCCUAAGGAACAAUUAAAGAUCAGUCAUCCCUUGAAAUGGAA